UUUUCAUCUAUUUUCUCUCCGCAAUCGAAUUGAGUGAGAUACUUCCGAGCUCUAAGGGAGAAAACCCUAGUCUCUCUCCGUCUCCGUCUCCGUCUUCUCCGAUUCUGCAAGUAUGAGUCGAUCAGGCCAGCCUCCGGAUCUCAAGAAGUACAUGGACAAGAAGCUCCAAAUUAAGCUUAAUGCCAACAGAAUGGUAGUUGGAACUCUCCGUGGGUUUGACCAGUUCAUGAACCUUGUUGUCGAUAACACUGUUGAGGUCAAUGGUGAUGACAAAACUGACAUCGGCAUGGUGGUGAUAAGAGGAAACAGCAUUGUCACUGUUGAAGCUCUUGAGCCAGUUGGAAGAUCUUAGCCUACUUUGCACCACUGGUGUCUGUAUUUUGACUUUGAGUGUUCUCUCUGUAUUGGAACUUUAAUUAGUAAGACAAUCUAUCAGCAUGAAUCGAGGAUCUUAAAGAAAUUUUCUAGUAAGAUAAUCUAUCAGCAUGAAUCGAGGAUCUGAAAGAAAUUUUCUAUGAUUAA